AUGAAACUGGAACGCGCACAACAGACGGUACAAAUCAAUGAGCGCGACUUUGCCAACUUUUCCAAAGCUUUGCAAAAUACUUCCACUAGCAAUCCCCAAACCAUAUCAACUAUGGGAACCUGCGGCCAAACGUUCCAUUUCCCGUUGAUGCUUAAUGUCUCUUUUGCCUGGGGUCUCCAAAUGGUUAUGCACUCGGAAGGGUCAAACUGGUUCAGAAGCUUGUAUUUUGAAACAUGGGUGGUUGGCUCAUGUAUAGCCGUCAUAUACAUGCCCCGGGUGACAAUCUUUACGAGGCACGACCCACUCGUAAGCGAAGCCUAUAGGUUCUUGGAUGAGAGUCUCGGGAGUCUAUCAUUAACAUUAUGGUCCACGCUGAUUCUGUUGUUGAACGUUUCCUACUUUCCUCAAGACUUUGAUGAUUCGUGUUGUCUUCCGUUUUCUUUUUAUCCAAUUCUUAUUCUUGGGGUCGAUGGCGUGCGACCUCACCACCAUAUCAACGAGUCUGUAUUUUGGACGGAUUUUCUGGUCAUCCUGUCUGGCUUUGGUAUUGCGGUAUCUUUGGGAAUCAUUUUGGUGAUCUUGUCCAGGCGAUCCAUCGAAGGCGAGGUCGCACCGCGAGAUGCUUCCAAGGAACGCAAGCGAAGUCGAUCAUUUGGCAGAACAACGAGUGUGACGGAAAAGACACCGCUGCCAAAAACAUGUCGAUGUCACAAUUUUCGACCUGCAGAAAUGCGCCGCCUGAGAUUGCAGCGGGUGGCACAUACCUUCUCACAUCUUCCCCGGUGA